GAAUCGGUCCGCGACGGUCACACUAACGGGAAAUGGUGCAAGAAAAAAACAAAUAACAUGGACCCAUUGAAACUCGCGUUCUCGAAAUCGCAAAUCAGUAGCUAGUCGGCGCUAGCUUAAAACCGGGAAGUGGCCAAUUGGAUGUUGGAGACGUCAAAAGGUUAGCGGGUCAGGUGCAUCGCGUCAGUGGGUCAAACAGAGGCCAACACAACACGCACACAAGCAGGUGCGCAGACACGCACACACACAAGCAAACACACGAGUGACCACCGCAAUGACGUCCUCCUUCAACAACAUCCCGGCCAAUCCAAUAGCCACCCCCUCGCCCGCCCAAACGGUACCGAAGGCCACCGGCUGCUCCGUGGGAUCCUCCUCGAAUGAGUCCUACUACGACGACCACGACAAUCAGCUGCUCCACGUAAAUAGUGGGCGGCAGGGAAGCUCCGCAGCAGCAGCAUCCUCGGCUCCAGGUCCUGACAUUACUAACGGCACAGCCAGCGACGACCUCCAGAUGCGAUGGUGGUGGCGCACUAGAAGUCUGAAUGCUCCGUCGCCGUUCCAUCAGUUCGGGCCAUGUGGUCGCAUUAUGAAGAACUCAGCCAUGAUCAUGCAGAUUCAGGAUCCGGCCAGCCAGCGAUUGACCUGGUACAAGCCACCACUCGCCGUCCUGGUGAUCAAGAAGAAGGACUCGCAGGUCCUGUUGCCGUUCGUCCAGCUGGUCGAGUGGCUGGUGCAGGAGAAGCACAUGGUCGUCUGGGUGGAGUCCGCCGUCCUAGAGGACAAACUCCUCCGGGAUGACGUCAAGCUGGAGCAGGAGAGCACCAAGUUCCGGCAGGUGCACGGGGACUACGCAGGAGUCCGAGCACGUUUCCUGGCAUUCCGUGAAAAGCUGAAGACCUUCAAGGAUGGCCGCGAUGACCUGACCGAUCGGAUCGACUUCAUCGUCUGCCUGGGAGGCGAUGGAACUCUGCUGUACGCAUCUCAGCUGUUCCAGCAGUCGGUGCCCCCGGUGAUGGCCUUUUACCUGGGAUCCCUCGGUUUCCUCACGCCUUUCGAGUGCGACAACUUCCAGGAGCAGGUGACCAACGUCCUGGAGGGUCAUGCCGCCCUAACACUGCGCAGUCGCCUGCGCUGCUCAAUCCACCGCAAGGGCGAACGUCGCAAGGAGUCCCUGCUGCCCGCUGGAGGUGGCAAUCUCCUGAAGCCCAGCCUGCACAGGCAGCACAACUACGUGGAGCUCAACAACGGACAAACAGGGAAUUUCGGGUGCAACAACAACAACUCACCGAACAACAGCAUCCUGGUGCUCAACGAGGUGGUGAUCAACCGAGGACCUUCGCCUUAUCUGAGCAACAUUGACAUCUUCUUGGACGGCAAGUACAUCACCUCGGUUCAGGGUGAUGGCCUUAUCGUUUCCACGCCCACGGGAAGCACUGCUUAUGCGGCAGCAGCCGGUGCCUCCAUGAUCCAUCCCUCCGUGCCGGCCAUUUUGGUGACUCCGAUUUGCCCGCACUCGCUGAGCUUCAGGCCCAUUGUGGUGCCCGCCGGAGUGGAGCUGAAGAUAUCCAUUUCACCUGAUAGCCGCAACACCUCACGCGUCUCCUUCGACGGACGCAACGAUCAGGAGCUGAACCAUGGCGACAGCCUGCGGGUGACCACCUCCGUGUAUCCCGUGCCUAGCAUUUGCUCCCAGGACCAAAUCUCCGAUUGGUUCGACUCCCUCGCCGAGGGUCUGCACUGGAAUGUGCGAAAGCGCCAGAAGUGCCUCGAUGAGCUGUCGGAUCUGACCACCUCUGGGUCGGAGGACACGCUUGAUGAGUUCGACAAUCUGAAGCUCUACGAUGCGUAAUGGUAACAAAGCCCCAUCGUCCCCCAGUUCGCAACUUGUUAGCGUGGCCAAUUAGCCUAGAUUUAGUCCUAGUUCUUAGGGUUUGCUUGUGUGCAAUUUCGUAGGAUUAGUUUAUGUAGCGAAAAUACUCUAUUGUACAAUACACCUUAUAAGUCGCUUGGUUGAAAUGUUAAAUGUUAAUCGAUUACGAUCGCAAUGUUUGUUUAAGCUAGGCAAAUUCCGUUGUUGCUUGUGAACAAAAACAAAAUCGCUUAGGCUUAGCUCUUAAGUUUUUAUUAUUACGUAAUCUACGAUUAAUUGCGUCGAGUGCUAAGUACUUAAGCUGACUAACGUUAUCUGUACAAUUCGAUGGAGGUAAUAAAAACUGUAUUAUUUACUUAAAGCGCCACACAA